AUGGCAAAGUGGGGUGAAGGUGAUCCACGGUGGAUCGUGGAAGAACGGGCCGACGCCACGAACGUCAACAAUUGGCACUGGUCCGAGAAGAAUGCCACGCCCUGGUCUAAAACUCGCCUUACUGAUCUCCUAGAAGGUCUCACUAUAGAGGAUGGUCCAGUUUGUGUAAAACUGGAAUCAAUGAAAACGCUUGAAGGGGAAGCCACUGCUAACAACCGGAAGGCGAAACUUAUAUUUUUGUAUGAGUGGGAAAUCAAAAUCGGGUUCAUUGGACGUGUAUCUGGUUCCGAUACUGAAUAUAAAGGAACCUUGGAAAUACCGAAUCUCAGCGACGAAAAUGAUGCAAGCGAAGUUGAUGUGAACGUAUCCGUGGAUACCAAAGGUCCUCACGAAGCAACAAUCAGGGAUUUGCUGCGGAAGGCUGGAACUGAAAAGAUUCGGGCUGCUCUAGAUGUGUACAUACGUGAGCUUAAAGAGGAAUUUAGCAAAGGUCUCAUACUUCCGACGGAUAAGGUCAAGCCUCAGGUUGUGACGAAAGGAAAAACUGCUGUCGUAGAUAAGAAAAGUUUCCAAAAUAUGGUCAUCACGGAUAGCAAAAAUGACGCUCCGAAAAGAGUUGAGAAGUUUGACGUGAAAUCUGUGGAGAUAAGCGAGUCAUUCAAAGUACCUCCAGAUCGCCUUUUUGAAGUUCUUAGGGAACCUCACGUGAGUUUAAUUCUGUUUACUUUAUAA